UGAUAUUCAAGCUAUUGAAUAACAUAUUAGUAAGUAUCAGAAGGAAAAUGCUGAGCUGAUUAUGAUCAGUCAAGCUCGGAAGGCUGAAGAUUUAGCUGCAGCAAUGGCAGCAAGCAAGGGACUUCCUGCACAGGCCGAUACUGAUAGCUCUCAAGCAGGGUUAUCAGUCGGUGCUCAAGGUCAAUAUGCACCAACAGUUGCUGGAGGGCAACCACGACCAAUAGGCAUGGCACCACAACCUGUGCCACUUGCCAGCGGGCUGGAUAUGCACGGCUAUGCUCUUGAUGAUGAGGCUCCGAGCAGAAAGAGGUGGAAGAGCAGGCUGAUGGAUAAUAGAGUUGAGCAAGAAGAGGGCACUGGAAGAAGCCUUUGCGAGCAUACGUGUUUGACGUUCUUGAUGAAAUAUCGUCUUUUACUCCAUGGCAAAUGUAGCUUGGGUUACAUUAUCUAAAUCUUGAUAUACUGCACGGGCCAUAUGCAACCAUGGAUU